AUGUCUUCAGUGUCCAAAUUUACUACUCUAACUAUAGCCUUCCUUUCUGCCGCUCCUUGUGCUUUGGCGGGCAAGCGUGGUCUUGCUUGGCCUUGGUAUAACGAGGGAUCAGGUCUGAAUCCUACGUUGCUCGCUAACGGCAAUGGUAAUGUUCAAUGGAUCUACAACUGGGAAACCUGGAAACCCGCAAACACCAACAACAUGAACUGGAUGGGCAUGCAAGGGUGCUGGGACUGUGAAUCUUCGCCACUCUCAGCACUUAAGUCGCGAGCGGCUCAGUUCGGCUGGAAUACCGUUUUAUCACUGAACGAGCCCGAUCUUGCCGGCACAUCGCCUGCAUCUGCCGCCGAUUGGUAUAUCACAAACAUAAACCCUCUUGCAAUCAGGAAGGCGAUUCCAUCUGUUAGUUCGAGCGCUGACGCGGGCAAAGGGCUUGACUGGGCUGCUGCUUUCAUCAGCGCCUGUGCCGGGCGAUGCUACUUUGACUAUGUCAAUAUCCAUUGGUAUGGCACUUCCUUCGACCAAUUCAAGACCCACGUUCAGAAUGCCCACAACCGAUUCCCCAAUUACCAGUUGAUGAUUUCGGAGUUCGCACUUCAAAGCCCUGCCAGUCGUGAUCAACAGGUUGCAUUCCUCAAGUCGGCCAUGACCUUCCUUGAUGGUGCUUCCUAUGUUUCUUACUAUGCUGUCUUUGGUGCCAGCAAGCCGUCUCUGAUCUCUGCUAACACCGGGGGCGGCGAGGUCGGCACCGGUUCCUCCCUCUAUAACGAUGACGGAAGCCUUUCUGCCAACGGUAUUGCUUAUCGUGGAUAG